UCUCGCUCUCUCGCCCUCUCUCGUUUCUUCUUCGCCCCGAUUCUUCUCCCUUCCCCCCUCCCGCCGCCUCGAUUCUUCUUCAUCCUCUCCCUUCGAACCCCGCAUCGCCUCCCAUAAAAAAUGACCGACGCCGAGCCCUCCUCCCCCUCCUCCGCCGCCUCCGCCGACUCUUCAUGCGCCGCCGUCUGCUCCACCUCCGCCACCGCGGCCGAGGCCAGCCCGCCACCGUCGUCGGUGUGCUCCGCCUGUGGCGGCCCCACCGCCUCCAUCUCCUCUGCUGCCGGCCGCCACUUCCUUGGCUUUGUCGCCGAUCUCUCCCACUCUGUCCGCGGCCGCAAGAUCUCCGACCCCGUUCCCCCCCUCCCCCAAACCGUCACCUCCCUCCUCUCCCUCCUCCAAGCCCUAACCUCUUGGAUCGAUGAGAUUCCCCCACUCCCCCACUCCGCCCGCUACGGCAACCCCGCCUACCGCUCCUGGCUCGCCCGCCUCUCCGCCGAGGCCCCCGCCCUCCUUCUCCCCCUUAUUACCUCCGAGGAGCUCCUCCCCGCCGCUGACGAGCUUCUCCCCUACCUCCUCGACUCGUUCGGCAAUGCCUCCCCCAUCGACUACGGCACCGGCCACGAGACCAACUUCGCCGCCUUCCUCUACUGCCUCGCCCACCUCGGCCUCAUCAGGGAGGAGGACUACCCGGCCCUCGUCACCCGGGUCUUCGUCGCCUACCUCAAACUCAUGCGCAGGCUCCAGAUCACCUACUGUCUCGAGCCCGCUGGGUCUCACGGUGUCUGGGGCCUCGACGACUACCACUUUCUCCCCUUUAUCUUUGGCUCAGCUCAGCUUAUUGAUCACAAGUAUAUGAAGCCCAAGUCGAUUCACAACCAGGACAUUCUUGAUAACUUCUCCCACGAGUAUAUGUACUUGGCCUGUGUGGCUUUUGUCAAGAAGGUGAAGAAGGGGGUGUUUGCUGAGCACUCCCCGAUGCUUGAUGAUAUUAGUGCGGUCCCGACAUGGAGCAAGGUGAACAGUGGAAUGCUGAAGAUGUAUAAGGCUGAGGUGCUUGAGAAGGUGCCCAUCAUGCAGCAUUUUGUCUUUGGUUCGCUCAUCAAAUGGCAAGCAAAAAGAUAGCCGAUGCAAAGCAUGCAAAAGAUUUCCAAGCAGUUCUGAAAGAGUUUCAGAAAGCUCAAAGGCUUACAGUUGAGAGGGAAACUGCUUAUGCCCCUUUUGUUCCUCAAGCAGUUCUUCCUUCGAGCUAUACUGCUAGAGAGAGAGAUGUUAGUGCUGAUAAAACAUCUGAACAACGUGCUCUGCUUGUGGAAUCUAGAAGCAAAGUCAAAUGGUGGAUGACAUGGAUGAGGAUCUUGAUGAAGAUGAUUUUGGUGCAAAGGGUUCUGCUUCUGUAGAGCAUGAAUCUGAUGAUGAGAUCGUUGAAUCUGACAUUGAACUUGAAGGAGGAACUGUAGCACCUGAUGAUGAUCUGCCACAAAAGAUGGAAGACCCAUCUAUUGAGGUAACAGAGGAAAGUCGUGAUGCCUCUCAAGAGGCUAAAGGGAAAGCUAUGGAAGCAAUUUCAGAAGGUAUUUCAGUAUCUGUUGCAUUGUAUCUAAGCCAUACUUGCUCUGAAACAUUUGGUAUUGGCU